UCAUGCCCUUCGGGACGCUGCUUCUCAAGAUGGCGGCCGACAGUGAGCCGGAGUCCGAAGUGUUCGAGAUCACGGAUUUCACCACCGCCUCCGAGUGGGAGAGGUUUAUUUCCAGAGUUGAAGAAGUUUUGAAUGACUGGAAACUUAUUAACAUUUCUUCAGGCAAACCUUUAGAAAAGGGUGUAUAUACAACUGAAACAUGGGAAGAGAAAUCUGAUGAAAUUACUUUUGCUGAUUUUCGAUUCUCCGUGACGCAUCAUUAUCUAGCCCAAAAAUCAACUGAUAAAAAUGCAAAAGAUGAACUAGUAGAAGAUGUUCUUCCUGUUGCUAUGCAAGAUCUUCUAUGCAUGAACAAUGAUUUCCCUCCUAGAGCUCACUGUCUAGUAAGAUGGUAUGGCUUACGUGAACUUGUAGUUAUUGCACCAGCAGCAAACAAUGAGGCAGUUCUUAGCGAAUCCAAAUGUAAUCUCCUUCUGAGUUCAGUUUCUAUUGCUUUGGGCAACACAGGCUGCCAGGUGCCAGUAUUUGUGCAAAUUCAUCACAGACACCGGAAAAUGUAUGUUGGGGAGUGUCAAGGUCCUGGAGUCAGAACUGACUUUGAAAUGGUUCACCUUCGCAAAGUACCCAGUCAAUAUAGUCACUUAUCUGGAUUGUUGGAUAUCUUUAAAUCUAAGAUUGGCUGCCCGUUAACUCCACUGCCUGCAAUUAAUAUAAGUAUUAGGCUUACAUAUAUACUUCAAGAUUGGCAGCAGUAUUUCUGGCCUCAACAACCUCCAGAUAUAGAUGCUUUAGUUGGAGGUGAAGUUGGAGGUGUAGAAUUUGGAAAGUUACCAUUUGGUGCCUGUGAGGAUCCUAUUAGUGAACUCCAUUUAGCAGCUACAUGGCCCCAUUUAACAGAGGGCAUAAUUGUGGACAAUGAUGUUUAUUCAGACCUGGAUCCUGCUCAAGCACCUCAGUGGUCUGUGAGAGUCAAAAAAGCUGAUAAUCCACAGUGCUUACUGAGUGAUUUUGUUACUGAAUUUUUCAAAUUAUGUCGGCGGAAAGAAUCAACUGAUGAGAUUCUUGGAAGAUCAGCGUUUGAAGAAGAAGGAAAAGAUGCCGAUAUAAGCCAUGCUUUGUCCAAGCUCACAGAACCAGCACCAGUCCCAAUCCAUAAAUUGUCUGUGACAAAUAUGGUUCACACUGCAAAGAAAAAAAUUCGUAAGCACAGAGGCAUAGAUGAAUCCCCUUUAAAUAAUGAAGUCCUGAAUACUGUUCUCAUGUAUUUAUUCCCUGAUGCUGUUGACAAAUCAGCAGAUGGAUCUGAAGCUAGAACUAAUACUUCAACAGGAAGUAUUCCACCCCCAGAUAAUGAAGACUCCAAUCUCUACAUCCAAUUCAAAUCUGCUCCUUCAGACAGUCUGACCUACAAACUGGCUCUUUGUCUUUGUAUGAUCAACUUUUAUCAUGGCGGAGUCAAAGGGGUUGCACAUCUCUGGCAGGAAUUUGUCUUGGAAAUGCGCUAUAGAUGGGAGAACAACUUCUUCAUCCCAGGGGCUGCCAACCCUGGUUGUUGCCUGGAAGAUUUUGUGAGAUGGUAUUCACCCCGGGAUUACAUUGAAGAGGAAACUGUGGAUGAAAGUGGGGGUGUAGUCAUCAAGGGUGAGCUGAGCGCUCGAAUGAAGAUUCCAAGCAACAUGUGGGUUGAAGCAUGGGAAACAGCGAAGCCCGUUCCAGCAAGGAGGCAGAGGCGCCUUUUUGAUGACACCCGUGAGGCAGAGAAGGUUCUACACUAUUUAGCCAUUCAGAAACCAGCUGAUCUUGCAAGGCAUCUUCUUUCUUGUGUCAUCCAUGCAGCCGUACUCAAGGUAAAAGAAGAAGAAUCUCUGGAAGAUAUUGGGUUAGUAAAGAAGAUAAUUAAGCAGAUAAUCAGCCAUUCCAGUAAAGUUCUCCGGUUCCCAAAUCCAGAAGACAAAAAACUAGAAGAAAUCAUUGGUCAAAUUAUGAAUGUGGAAGCCACUAUUGCUCGGGCAAGGUCUCUAAAAGCAAAAUUUGGAAUAGAAAAAUGUACUAAAGAAGAAGAACGCAAAGAUCUAGAAAAAUUUGUAAAUUCCUUUCUGGAACAACCAGAAGUAUCAGUCCUUGGUGCCAGAAGAGGGCCUGCUGGUAUUAUAAUUCACAAGCUUUUUGUGAAUGCACAAAGGGUUGCUCCAAUUAUGCCCUAUGAUGAAGAACUAAAAAGAUCGGGCUCUAUGGACGAAAAACGUUUCAAUUCUGGAAUGAGUUCAGAUUUUCCACCCCCUGCAGGACGUGAGGUUAUUUUACGUACAACUGUUCCACGGCCUGCUCCUUACUCUAAACCUUUGCCUCAGCGGAUGUACAGUGUUCUUACAAAAGAUGAUUUCCGACUUGCAGGUGCCUUCUCAUCCGACACAACGUUCUUCUGAUUUUAACAACCACUCAGCAACGUUUUCACCCAAGCAAGUACAUUAAAGAGAUGUUUAUCCAGUCUCCUGGAAAUGAAGAUAAUAUUUAAGAGUAAAGCCUAUGUGAAAAAGUCUUCAUAUGCAUAACAUUUAUGGAAUUAUUAUCUUUUCCAUGACAGCCCCUUGCCUAUUGAUGUUGGAGGAUUGCUUAUCUUUACUUAGCCAUCCAUUCCUCUUUAAAAAAGCGCUUUACAAUGAUAAUGAAAAUAUCACAGAACUGUGUAUUAUUAAGUGUAGAUUAAAUUAUGCAAUCCUGCUCUUCAGCCUUGUUAAGUUUUAUGCUCAUGUAAAGUGAGUAGAUUAGAAACAUAAUAAAUCAGUGGAUUUAAAUUGUUUACAUACUAUAUGUAAUAAAAUUCACUUCAUUGUG